AUGGCCACCAUUGAAGAAAUCCCAGAAGACAUCCAAGUCGAAGAUGACGAACAAACCACCACCACCGGUGCCGGAAAGAAGUCCUCCAGAACCGAAAAGAAGAACCGUGCUGCCAUCGAAAAGCUCGGUAUGAAGUUGGUCCCAGAUAUCGUCAGAGCCACCCUCAAGCAAUCAAAGGGUCUCUUAUGUGUUGUUGCUCAACCAGAAGUCUACAAGGCUAUUGGAUCCGACACCUUUGUAAUCCUUGGUGAAACCACUUUCGAAGACCCAAAUGCCAGCCGUGCUAGAAGUGCCGCCAAGAACAUCGAAGAGGUUGCCCCAAAGACCACCUUCCCAGAGCCAAAGACCGUCGCCUCUACCUCCACCACCUCCACCACCACCGUUGCUGAUGACGAAGAAGUCGAUCUCCAAGGUUUAGAUCCAAAGGACGUCGAAGUCGUCAUGAAGGAAUCUGGCGGUGCCUCAAAGGCCAAGGUCGUCGAAGCCCUCAAGAAGACCGGUGACAUCGUUGCUGCCGUCCUCGAAUUGACCCAAUAA